AAGGGGCGACGAGCGGGACGUGCGGUGCCAGGCGGUGCUGCGCGGUGCCGGGCGCGGGCAGUGCCGGGCGAUGCUGCGCGGUGCUGCUGUCUGGCUACACCCAUCUACUACGGGGUGCUGUUAAGAGAUGUUGCCCUCCAAGGGAGGGGACCCUGUUCGAGAGCUCUUUUUCUUGGAACGAGGAUUAAAAUACUGGUCUUUGAUGUAGCGAUUUUAUUUUUGUCAAUUUUGUGUUCUCUGCAGGUAGUAUUGUAUGAUUUUCAAAAAGACAUCAAUCUGGCAUUGAAAUUUCCUAACUUAAUUGGCAAAACUUAACUGCAUUUGCUUGUUGGAAGGUGCCGUGAUGCUAAUUUUAAAACACCUAAAUAGGCGUUUAUUUUGAGAAUACAUGGUAAUAGCAUCAUUGCCUAUCACUACACCUAUUGUAAGCACUAGAAGGUAUGGCAAGCAAAGUCUCAUAAACAGCCAGCAGUAUUUAUGUUUUCGUUUUAAGUAUGCUUUUAAAGUUUAAUUAAUCAUUACGAUAGCACUGGUAAGUGUUGCAACAAGGUUGCAAACUGCUGAAAGAGGAUCUGAGGUUCUCUUCUUCAAAAGCAUAUUUGAUGGGAAUAUAGUGGACCUCAUAAAUGCUGUGUUGCCACUGCUGCUAAUAAUUUUUAGAAAUCAGGCAUGAUUGUUUGUUCCCUAUAAAAUGAAGCAACCAGAACAAGCAGUUAGCUUCUGGAAAUAGUUUCAGUGACCUCUUGUCGCAAAGUAAUAGUAAGAUUUGAUCUCUGAUUUGGGGAGACCUGUAUAUGUGGAUGUAUUCAGACUGGUGUACACACAAAUAACAAAUCUAUAGUUUUAAGAAGCAAAUUUAUAUAGACCAAAAAAAUUACUCUCAUGGAAUUUCAUAGAGGUUCAAUUAUUCAACAAAUUCAACAAAUUAUUGUGCUCUAAGCUUUCAUAGUACCAUUCUCAAAUCAAAUUAAUGACUCUUUGGUUGUUCGGCGAGUUUUAAAGGAACAAAAAUCUCUCCAACAACCUAGGAGCACGGCUUUCUUGCUGUCCUGAGUCCUGUAUAUCCUUCUUUUAUGUGCUUGCACUCAUAUUUUUCCUGUUGCCAAACCUCAUGUGGAGACCAAAAUGCUGUAUCUUAAACCUCUGAUACAACUGAUAAUCUUAGUGAGAAUGUGAAGGGGAUGACCCAGAAAAUAAAAUAUUAUUGGGAUAAAAUUUAGUUUGCCUGACUAUGGUAGCCAAAUAUUUUUAGUGGUGCCUGGUGAGCACAGGAACACCUGUCAUGUUCUGAAGACCUACUUGCAUCUCCAUAGCUGAACUUAGGGAUGGAACACACAGACGUUGCACUGGCACAAAGCAGCAAUUUUACAAGCAGAGAAACAGACUGUUCUUUUCUUUUUAACCAUCUGGUGUAAUGACUGCUUUCAGGAGUGUUCAUUGAAAGGCAGAGAGAAUUAUUUAACUGAGCAUUAGGAAAAGGAAUGGGAUAAUUGCCACAAAUGCAUAUAUCAGUCAAUAACUGGAGGACCUUUUACUUGUAAAAGAAUGCUGGGUAGCCUGUGGAUAACUGUUGUUCUCCAGUUAUGGAGUCCCUUUAAUUUCCAGCAGAUUCAAAGAUCACAAACUGCCCUGUAAAAACAAGCCAGGAAAACAAUCCUGCGUGGCAACAAUGAGGUGUUUUCACUUCUGUAAGCUUCCAGGAAGAGUUAUGGGAAUCCGCCUACUGCGCUUCACCUCUGUGGUGAUCAUCGUCUUGCUUCUUGUGGCAGGUGCUUUAACAGCUUUGCUUCCCACUAUCAAAGAUGACAAAUUGCCCAACUCGAGAAGAGAGCCAAAAACCCAGACUCAGUCUGCCCUAGAUUCAUUCACUCUUAUUAUGCAGACAUACAACAGAACUGACUUACUGCUAAAGCUUUUAAAUCAUUAUCAAGCAAUCCCCCACCUACAUAAAGUAAUUGUUGUGUGGAACAACAUUGGUGAGAAGACACCAGAGGAAAUGUGGAAUUCCUUGGGGCCUCAUCCAGUCCCUGUUGUCUUUAAAGUUCAAACUGUAAAUCGUAUGAGAAACAGACUGCAGAAUUUCCCUGACCUGGAAACAAAAGCUGUUUUAAUGAUGGAUGAUGACACACUAGUCAGCGCUCAUGACCUUGCGUUUGCCUUUUCCGUUUGGCAGCAAUUUCCAGAGCAUAUAGUGGGAUUUGUUCCUAGAAAGCACAUUUCUACUCCGUCAGGCGUGUACAGCUAUGGCAGCUUUGAACUGCAGAACCCUGGAUUUGGGAAUGGAGAUCAGUAUUCCAUGGUGCUGAUCGGUGCAGCGUUUUUUCACAGUGGCUAUUUAGAAGAUUUUCAACAGCAGCCAGAAGCAGUUUAUGCCUUAAUAGAUGAAACUCAAAACUGUGAUGAUAUUGCCAUGAAUUUUCUGGUAGCCAAGCAUACUGGAAAGCCUUCAGGAGUGUUUGUGAAGCCUGUUGACAUAAGAAAUUUAGAAAAAGACACUAACAGUGGCUAUUCUGGAAUGUGGCACCGAGCAGAGCAUUUGUUACAGAGAUCCUACUGUGUAAAUAAACUUGUUAAUAUUUAUGAUGGCAUGCCCUUAAAAUAUUCUAAUAUCAUGAUUUCUCAGUUUGGUUUUCCUAAUUAUGCCAAUCACAAAAAUAAAAUGUAAGCCAAUGAAUUUAAAGUGUUAAAUGUUAAACAAUACUCAGUGAAUUGUACUGAGUUCAAGGAGAGAAGAAGGUGUAAUUACUGCAUCUUGGCCAUCCCUCUUUGUAGCCUCUGAUUUUGUCUCCACUAAGCCUUUUAUGUAUUUUCUUUCCUUUCCAAUUCAUAAAGGUAAGUUCUGAGAAAACCUAAAGAAUAUAUAAUCAUGCUUAGCUGUGAUAAAAUCAUCCUCUUUCCUUAAAACCUGAAAAGCUACUCUAAUUAGGUCAGUUCUUCAGAAACAUGCAGACAAAAAUGAACUCCUGCACUCCUAUUCUUCAGAUCUUAACUUUUGGAAUUUUUUUUCCCCUUGAAUAUACAUAUCCAGUCAAAUGAGGUCUAGGCAUAUUUGUGACAGUUAUAUUUUGAGAUGCUUCCUUGCCUUCCCACUCCUCACCUGCUCCUACCCAGUUUCCAGUGAAGCUGUAGAAGAGCUACAGUGAACUGCUGGUCAGGCUUCUGGCCUCCUGUACAAACCCUCUUGAAGUUUGUAUAUAAGCUACUCGGUGUUCUGAGAUUUCUUGAAGCUGCUAUGAAAGCCAGAAGAGUACCUCACCUUAAUCUGAGAUAGUCCUUAAACCAUUGCCUACAAUAUCUACUCCUGCUCAGUUAAUGGAAAAUGAUCUCUGAUGUGGCUUUUUUUUCUAUUAUUGAUUUGUCUGGAGUUGCUGAAACACUGCAAGCAGCUGAAAGGAAAAUCCUAUAGGUUGGAAAUAUAAGAAACAUGAAUACAUGGAAUAUGAAACUUAUAUAAGCAGCCAGAAGAAGAGGAUGUAUUGUUACUAAUUAAUAUUCUCUUUAGCACUUAGUUUUAUUUUGAUAUUUUGCAUAUAUGUUGUUACAAACACGCACCCAGGAAAAUUCUCAAUUAGUUAAAAAUUUCUUAUUUACAGUUCCUAGUAAGAGCAGGGUGUUUAACAUUUAUUACAGUGUACAUUUUGUAACUUUACAGGUCUACUGGUUUUUAGCUACUCUUUCAAUGAGUAUUUACUGUUUAGUUCCUUUUUUCCUCGGUUUUUGGUGGCUAUGAUAACAGAGUCAAAAUGUACAAUAAAUGGGUAAAGCAUUAUGAAAAAAACUAUUUUAAGGUACAGUGAUAUUUGACAGGGAUGGACUAUUAUCAGUCUCUGAAUUCCCUGACUUUAUUUCUAGCAAGAAACACAGCUGCUGUAAAUGGCUUUUGUUGGAUUUGGACUUUGUAAUUCUGGAAACCUUCUAUUGACAUAGGCAGGGCAAACCUUUUCCCAUGAAGUUGCAGAAAGGUUGGGCUUUUUUUUUUUUUUUUUUUUUUUCCUGUGUACGGAGAGACUAAAAGACAGUGAGUUUCCUGGGUCACAAAAACAGAUUUGGCAUCCAAAGCAGAUUUAGUUUCAUCUGCAUCAGCUUUUAAUUGAUUCUUAGAAUCAGUUCAAAGGUAGCUGUGGGCAACCAGUCACAGCUAAUACCUAGUAUAAUUCCAUCCCUUUUUUGUAAUAAGUUAGCUGUAAAAGAGUGAAAAUACGACAAGUUCUUUACAGCAGGAUGUGAGUCUUUGGGGGGAAUGAAGGAAUCUUUUGCCUUGUUCUACCAGUAUUAAAGGAUUUGAUUUUGUUCAGUGAAGUCUUCCUAGUACUUUUGUAAGAUUUAAAGGGCAGAAUCUUAACAUGGCAAUGUCAACUCUGCUUAAUUUUGUUGUAAUAGUGAAAAGUAGUUUUUCAUUAUUGUGCUGUAGUGCUAAGUAGUAUACAAACAGGUCUAUGAUCUUUCCAGAAGUGCAAAUUUCCAUGAUUUCUGUUCUGUGCAGUAUCAACUAGAGUUGUGAAGACUCACAGUUGUUGUUAACCUUAUUUCUGAAAUGUGAAAUGAACUGUCAACUCAGCCAAACCUUAGUAUCGGGCUCUUUGUUGGAGUGAAGGAGUUGUUUCUUCUGUAUCAGUGAAAGAAUUAAUAGAACAAGCUUUUAAUGAUACUGUUAAAUUUAAUUUGCACCAUUGUAAAAUAAAAUACAGAAAGCAGA